GGCACCGGAGGGGGGAAGACACGUCCGUACACCUACCAGCACAGACGGCGUUUGGUUCCUGCCAGGGAAUACAAACGCGCUCUUUUUCCUGUUUAAUUAGCGUUAUCAUUAUUUUUUUCCCCCUUUCUCUCAGCGUGCAGGCUAUAACUUUACUUUUCUUCUUCUUUUUUUUUAACCGAGCCGAGCAGGAACCGAGCCCGCCGUUAUUAUGGGAGUUUGUUGAAACAGUGCUGUGGCUGGAGGAGUGUAAAUGGCUGAGAGAGGUCGACGGAGGACUUGGGAGACAACUUGCAAGAUGUCGCACUUUGUGGAAGCCUAAAAAAGGAGUAUUUGUUUUUGUUUUUAUAAAGCGAAUGUCACUGUUAGCGUGACAGGAGGUGGUGAAAGAGAAGGGAAGAGGCUGCAGCUACAGGAGGAUCUUGGUGUUGGUUUGUUCCUCCGGCUCGGAGAGAAAUAGUUUCUUCUGUAGCCGCCAUCAUUCCGUGCUGUGGGGCCGACCCCAAGAUGUCUUCUAAUGGAGACCUAAGUGAGCUGGGGAGCUCUGAGAGCUUCUGGGAGCCUGCAGACACAGGGGUGCUUUCUCACGUUUAUUUAGGGCCCCAAUAUGGUACACUGGAGAAGGCUUGGCAUGCCUUCAUGCAAGCGGCUGACCGACUCAGCGAGCUGCACAUGGAGCUGCGGGAGCGGCUGGCGGGUGAGGACAGCGAGAAAGUGCGCAGCUGGCAAAAAGAGGCCUUCCACAAGCAAAUGAUGGGAGGUUUCAGAGAGACGAAGGACGCGGAUGAUGGCUUCCGCAAAGCUCAGAAGCCCUGGGUCCGUAAGCUGAAGGAGGUGGAGUCAACUAAGAAGAGUUACCAUCAGGCCAGGAAAGAGGAGUGGACGGCGGCUAACAGGGAGGCGCACGCCAAGGCUGACCCGACCAAGUCACAAGAGGAAGUUCGCAAAUACACAACCCGGGUAAAGGAGCGCUACUCCAAGGCCUUGGAGGAGCUGAACCGCUGUAACCCCCGCUACAUGGAGGACAUGGAGCAGGUGUUCGACUUAACCCAGGAGGCCGAGCGCAAGAGGCUGUGUUUCUUUAAAGAUGUCCUGCUCGACAUCCAUACACACCUUGACCUAUCCUCCAAAGACAGCUUCAAAGCCUUGUACCAGGACCUGGGCCAGACCAUUCGUGCAGCCAACGAAACUGAAGACCUCAGAUGGUGGAGGAACACCCACGGACCGGGCAUGAGCAUGAACUGGCCCCAGUUUGAGGUGUGGUCUCCAGAGGCAAGUCGCUCCAUCAGCAAGAAGAUGCACAGUGGAAACUCUGAGGAGAACGUGGUGACCCUCACCAACAUCGUCUCCUCUGCUGGAGGUGAAGUCCCACCGAGUCCCAUUACCCUGGACACCAGCAGGUAGGAGGACACUGUGGACAUGAUGUUGGAGUUAAUG